AGUCCCGUCCACGUCAGCCAAUAUAAUUAUAAUUAUAAUUAUACGCCCUGCUUCCAAGUUCAAAAUAUAGCAGACAUCCCCUUACCCUGAUGCACCUUUUCUCGGGUACGUCAUCUUCUACACUUGUUCUUCCCCGUCCCCUUCGAUCGGAUUCUGCUGCUGAGCCAGAGCCAAUUCGCACUGCUUUUAUGACUCAUCUAGCUCUCAAUCUCAACCUAUUGGAUCCCUUCGAAAAGAAUCUUAUGUGUAGAUCGAAGAUGGCAGUUGAUGCGGCAGAGCCCAGUCCGAACGCCCGAUCCUCUCGCCCCGCCGCAAGAAGAUCAACCAAACCGCCGGUUGUAUCCGAAUCGUCGACCGGAAAAGUCCCCAGCUCUAGCUACUCCACCGGCUCCGGCUACAUACUCGACUCCUCGACAACAACCAAUUCCGUCUCAAGCUGGACCUCCUUGCCCAGCCUCCGCAGGGCGUUGCCGGAAAAUCCUCACAUCUACGACUUCGCCGAGAUUCGCUCCGCCACCAACUCCUUUCUCGCCAAACGGUACUCCUCCUCCUCAACGCCGUCGUGGCGGUGCAUUCUGCGCGACAAGGACGUCGUCGUUUUCCAACGCAAGUCGCGGCGUUCGAUAGAGUUGUCGCAACUGAGAGAGCGGCUGUCGGUGAUUUGCCGGAGUCACCAUGUGAGCAUAAUUAAGCUCCUCGGGGUUUCGAUCUCCGGCGACAACAUUUUCUUCGUCUACGACUUCGUUAACGGUGCUAGCGUCUCGGAUUUGCUCCGGAACCCUAAAAACCCUAACUUCACCGUGCUUUCGACUUGGAUGUCGCGAAUGCAGAUCGCGACUGACUUUGCGCACGGCUUGGACUACAUCCACAACAAUACGGGGCUCAACAUUGGCCUCGUUCAUAAGCACAUCAAAAGCAGUGCCCUAAUCAUCACCGAACCAUCAUUCAACGCCAGGAUAUGCCAUUUCGGCGCGGCGGAGCUCUGCGGCGAAACCGCCAUUGAGAAUAAGGAAAACAGGGGCCUCGAGAAGAGCCAAUUCGGCGAGAUCGAGGAACCUGUACCAGAAUCGCCGGCGGAAACGAGUAGAUCGGACGCCGGUGUGGCUAAAUUCGAAGGCGUCAGGGGGUACAUGUCACCGGAAUUUCGGGCGACUGGAAUAGCGACACAGAAAUCAGACGUGUACGCCUUCGGCGUCGUGAUUCUGGAGCUUCUUUCCGGCGGAGAGCCUAUAAAGUACAAAUUCGAGCGGACGAGUGGCCAGUACCAGAAAAUCUCGGUGGUUGAGACGGCGAGACACGCCGUAGAAGGCGGCGCAGAGGAAGUGGAGGGGAGGGUGAGGCGAUGGGUGGACCGGAGGCUGGGGGACUCGUUUCCGGUGGAGUUGGCCGAGAAGGUGAUAAAGGUCGCUCUGGAGUGCGUACACGUGGAUCCAGAGGAAAGGCCAUCCAUGGGGCGCGUGGCCGGGAAGAUAUCGAAGCUGUUUUUGCAGUCGAGGACAUGGUCGGAUCAAGUCAGGGUCCCGACCGAGAUUUCUGUUUCUUGGACCCCUCGUUGAGCAAUAUAUUAAUAUUUAGGGUCCUGACUGCUAAUUCUUGUUCAAAUUGGGAGUGGGAUAUAAUUAUUUAGGAUUCUUUGGACACGGUCGGAGAUAUUCACAGAUUAUUAUACUAAUAAAACAAUAGAUUACAGUUUGCUGUGAUUGCGACAGAAGUGGUGUGAUGCUGAUGCUGUGAAUAGGCAUCUCUUUCGGCGAAUACUUUUUUCCAAACAAAAGAACCAAGUUAGCAAUAGUUUGUGUCGUGUCAUUGCUUCUAAUCGAAGAAAACAAGUCAGCAACCGUUCACGUGGUGGUCAAUUGAGAUACGAAUGUCUAUACUUCAAUUUAUAUUUUUAUUUUGCAAAUCUUAACAGGUGAUAAAGAGAGAGAUGAAAAAACCACGAGGAAAAGAAGUUGACCAUGCCAGGAUAAAAAGCUCUAUUCCCGGAUAGGAACCUUUGCUACCUUCAGUGUCCCCCCAAGAAACCCAAAUCAUCUGACAUUCUGUCAAAUUGGACAAAUGUGGAGCUAAAUUGACAAUUCUUAGGUUGCCUUGCAAAGGAGACAGACUCAAUGACCAACAUCAUUUAUCAUCAAAAUGGUGCACCCAUUAAAAGGGCUCCCAUUUUGACAAUCGUCCACAUCAACCGCUCAGCUCCCAUCUCCGACUUAGAACUUUCUCAAGGUUAAGGGUGUUAAAACUUACCAUCAAGACUGCAGAAAUCAAAAUCGACAAAGAAUCUGCUUAUUGCUAGUUUAACCCACCAAAAGGAAGUGGAAAGCAUCUGCUUCUUGAUCCUUUGAAAUCCCUCAUAACCAUAUGGCCUUAGUAACGAUUCCAGCUGAUUCAAAUUUCUUAAUUUUGUUGGGAUUAUCGUGCUCAUCUUGCUCCAUCACGUGCUUUGUACUCCGUCAAAUGCUUUGUUGCUAAUGAAUUUCUCGGAAUUUGCACUGCUCGUUGGCUCAUAUAAUCAAAAGACCAAAUCAAGGUCAUAUUUCUUAGUAUUUAUCAUGCUCAUUAGCUCUUCCACUUCUCUGCUGAAACCAUCUCUCAGUGUCCCAAGUCCAUACUCCCUACCAUCUCCAGAACCCAGAAUAUCACAACGAACCACAAACAAAUGGAAGAAACAGAGCCCGUUUCGCAGCUUCAACAGGAAUGGUGCUAACAUGCCAGCAGAGGCUUCAGUGAAAAUGGUAGAUCGGUGCGGCAUUCAAAAACCCAAGGCCAAAAACAAGCAGGCAGCAAUAAAAGGAGGCAAGGCAUAACUAACAAACAGAAGAAAAAACAAAGAAGAAUUUAUAACAUGGUUGUAUUAGCUUUCCCCAUUUCUUAAAAAAUAUCCUUUCAUCUAUAUAUCCAGUACCUAAUUUCUAACGAUAUUUGACUGUACACUAAACUCUAACAGCAGUUGACAGAGGCACCAAACCAUCACACGAUUUGCUGGGAAUUGGUGAGGCAACAGAAGCAGUUUGCAA